AUGCCGUUUGGACUUACUAAUGCAUCUGCAGUUUUUAUGGAGUUGAUGAACACAACAUUCAGGGAUUAUUUGGACGAGUUUGUUAUAAUCUUCAUUGAUGACAUCCUUGUGUAUUCCAAAUCUCGUGAGGACCAUAUGAUACAUUUGGAGAAGGUGUUGGAACACUUAAGGAGAGAAAAGUUAUACGCAAAACUGAGUAAGUGUGACUUUUGGAUGCAAGAGGUAGGAUUUUUGGGGCAUGUGGUGUCUGCGGAAGGAGUGAAAGUAGAUCCAUCCAAAGUGACAGCUAUAGUUGAUUGGGUGAGGCCGUCUAAUGCCACAGAGAUUCGAAGCUUCCUCGGAUUGGCUGGAUAUUACAGAAAGUUUGUAAAGGGUUUUGCCAACCUAUCUAAGCCAUUGACGAGAUUGACGGGAAAGGGUGUGAAGUUUAAAUGGGACGAAAAAUGCGAGACAAGUUUUGAAGAGUUGAAGAAGCGUUUGACAUCAGCUUCUAUUUUGGCAUUACCAAAGCCCGAAAAACCGUUUGUGGUGUAUAGUGUGCCUCUCACCAAGGGCUAG